AUGGCAGUCCUAAAGGCAGGAAGUAGACCGCCAUGGGUGGGUCUUGCAGCUGCUGCUUGGGUCCAGAUCGCUGCUGGGAACGCCUACACUUUCCCUCUCUACUCUCCUGCUCUAAAAUCUGUUCUGGGUUUCAAUCAGCAACAGCUCACAAUUCUUGGAGUGGCCAAUGAUAUUGGAGAGAAUGUGGGUAUUCUUCCAGGCAUCGCCUGCAAUAAGUUCCCACCUUGGGCAGUGCUUUUGGUUGGUGUUUGUACUUCUUUCUUGGGGUAUGGUGUUAUUUGGCUUGCUGUUAGCCAGACUGUUUCCUCCUUGCCUUACUGGGUUAUUUCACAAAAUUUUGGCCUAUCCCACUGGCAGGUGGGAUACUAG